UACAACAAUAUGUGGGAGAGGCACUCGUUCUGGAUGAACGGGUGAGGUUGUCCUCGGCGGCUUAGCGGUUAGCGCCAUGCCACUCUUUCUAUCGUGCUCCCACUCGCCGCCGGACGCAGCCACCGCCGCACUCGACUUCCUCCCUCGAUGCCGCACGCCUCGCGACGCCCGCCAGCUCCACUCCCGCCUCGUCACCUCCGGCCUACUCCGCCGCCGCCCCGCGCCACUCCUCCGCCGCCUCUUCUACUCCCCUCACCCUCCCCUGCGCCACCUCGCCCGCCGCCUCUUCUUCUCCCUCCCCUUUACCGACCGCCGCUUCCUCUGGAACGCCCUCAUCGGCUCCUCCUCCCGCGGCAGCCAUCCCCGCGAAGCCCUCCUCGCCUUCGCACUCAUGCUCUUCGACAGCGUCGCCGCCGACGAGUUCGCCUUCUCGCUCGCCCUCACCACCUGCUCCCGCAUCUCGCGUCUUCUAGAAGGCUCCCAGAUCCAUGGCCUUCUGCUAAAGAGCGGCCUCGCCUCCAACCCUUACCUCCAGAACGGCUUGAUUGCGUUCUACUCCAAGUGCGGGCUGCCCCACACUGCCCGAAAGGUGUUCGACAGAGUGCUCGAGAGGGACGCAGUCGCUUGGAACUCGAUGAUCAAUGGGUACGUCAAGGAGGCAAAGAUGUCCGCUGCGGAGGAGCUGUUCGACGAAAUGGACAGUCGAAGGAAGAAUGUUGUAACCUGGAACACCAUGCUCAGUGGAUACACUGUGUCUGUUCAGAACAUUGACGCUGCUCGCCAACUGUUCGACUCAAUGCCUGCGAGAGAUAUGGUUUCCUGGAACUUGAUGAUCGAUGGGUAUGUGAAGUGUGGUAGAGUAGUAGACGCUGAGGACAUGUUUGAGAAAAUGCCUGAAAGGGAUGUCAUAUCUUGCACCACCAUGAUUAACGGCUACAUGGGACUCGGAAGAAUUGACUAUGCCAAGAAACUCUUUGAGGCGAUGGCUGAGAAAGACUUGAUCACAUGGAACACCAUGAUGGAUGGCUAUGUCAAGAAUGGGCUCUCCAGGGAAGCUUUGAAUCUCUUUGCAAAUAUGCGAGGCAAAGACAAUGCUGCUCCAGACAAUACCACUCUAGCGAUUGUUCUCACGGCGCUCACUGAACUAGGACGCAUCAAUGAUGGAAUAUCCAUUCAUGAGUACAUUAAGAGGAGCAACUUGUCGAUGGAUGGUAACCUAGGGGUUGCUCUGAUCGAUAUGUACUCCAAAUGCGGUCGACUAGAUGACGCGCUGAAGGUGUUUGACAUUUCGGCGAACAGUGUGGACCAUUGGAAUGCAAUGAUCAGUGGUUUUGCUUGUCACGGACACGGCAAUUUGGCUCUCGAACUCUUUCGGGAGAUGGAGAGACGAUUGCUGAAGCCUGAUGAUAUAACAUUCAUUGCAGUUUUGAGUGCUUGUAGUCAUGCGGGGAUGGUGGACGAAGGGCUAAUGUGUUUUGAGAGGAUGCAAAAAGAACAUGGCUUGGAGCCAAAAGUCCAGCAUUAUGGAUGCAUGGUGGACAUCCUCAGCCGAGCAGGGAAAUUGGAGGAGGCAUUGGGUUUGAUUCGAAGUAUGCCGAUGGAGCCAAAUGAUGUGGUGUGGAGGUCAUUGCUCAGUGCUUGUAGGAACCACCGAGACCUUGACAUGGGCCAAAAGCUGGUGCAAUGUUUAACCGGAGAGAGGAUUUGGAACUCGAGUUCAUAUGUGCUCCUGUCGAAUCUCUACGCCGGUGUAGGGUUGUGGGGUGAUGCGUGGAAGUUGAGGAUGUUGAUGAGGGAGAAAAAUAUGAAAAAGCUUCCCGGAUGCAGUUCGAUUGAAGUAGAUGGUAAGGUGUACGAGUUUGUUGUGGGAGAUCAAUUGCAAACUCAAACUCAAGAGGUUAAUUCUUCAUUGGAUGUCUGUUGCAUACCCAAGUUGUACAGUUCAACAGCUUCCAAAGAUUGUGCAUGUUUAUGAUACUUGCUCUUUUUUUUUUUACAUUUAUAUGAUUUUUAGACACAGGAUUAGUGUCCCUAGAAAGGCACUCAGGUUGUCACCCAGAUAUUCACGGUUUGAUCCCUAUUUAUGAUAUAUUUACAAGAAUCUUUUUCCAAAUGGAACAUGUAAUCAAAAGAUGUUGGGUGUCUGGACUGACCACUACGUUUGCUUUUGGAUUUAUCCUGGUGGUCGUUCUAUGAGUCAGGUCAGUCAUUUAGAAAUAGUCAAUGAGACUGGCUGAAAUUAUUAUUAUUAUUUUUAGAUAUGAGAUUUGUCGUUUUAG